AUGAAGAAGGAAGAAAUAUUCAAUGUUUCAAGUGAAUUCGAUCAAUCUAUUUCGAAGAUUGUCGAACUUCAUUAUGUAAUGAACUAUAGUUUAUUAUUUUUGACUUACUGCACCAGGGAAACCUUCUGGGCCGUGCUCGUCGCUUCUCCUUGCAGAAGUAGUUUUAAAAGAUCUGGUAAACCGCCGUAUUGGAGUGUCGUGUUUGCGAAGAAGUAUUUACCAUUGAUGGAGUAAAAGUACCAAGAUUAUUGCACUGUGGUCACACAGUGUGUCAUUCAUGCCUCUUACGACUGAGACCUUCUAUGACUGAUCAGCAGUUUUUAUUGUGUCCCUUCGAUAGACAGCCAACAGGCAUUAGUCAAAACAAUAUCUGCAAUUUAAAAAAAAAUUUUGCCCUGAUUGAAUUAUUAGAGAGACUGGAACAGUCCAAUAGUGAGAAAUUAUCAAUACUCGAAAGGGAGAGACUCCAAUCUAAUCAAACUUGUGAUGAAGAUGAAGCUCAUACGGCAGUAUUAUAUUGCACUAUUUGUAUGACUCACUUGUGUGAGAAUUGUGACAGUACCAUUCAUUCUUCGAAGACUUUAAGCAAACAUAAGCGUGUACCUUUGUCGGAGAAGCCAAAAGAAAAACCAAAGUGUCCGGUGCAUACAACGCAUGUGGCAGAAUUUACUUGCACUCAAGAAGGCUGCCACAAUUCCCUUAUGUGUUAUUUGUGCAAGGAUUACGGUAGACAUAGCACACAUAAGAAACGGUGAUACAAGAGUUAGAGGGAUGGGCAAUAGAAGAUGCAAGGCAACGAGUGCGUCAGCAUUUCGAGGAAUUAAGAACCUUGUUGGCUGAGCAAGAAAAUGCAGCUAUCUCCUGCAUCGAAACAGAAACGCGUGGGAGAUUGUGCGCUUUAAGACAGCAACAACAGGAUUUGACUACCACUAGGUCUCAAGUGGCGGAUGUGUGCAUUCAAUGCGAAAGUAUCUUGGAUUCCGAAGAUUGGAAGUUACUAAACAGCGCAACGAAAGUUAAAGAAGUGUUAACUACAUUAGAACAGCAGCAACAACAUUAUGCUCAACUUGGUCCAGAUUUUCUCACGCCUGAAUCCUCUAUACCUAUAAUAUUCAGCCGUGACAAUAGGGUACAUAUUGGUACGAAGAUCGACAUGCGCGUAGUAAUCUUGGGAUUGGACGGUGCUGGGAAAACAAGCAUUCUAUCAGCCAUGAGAGGCAUUACACUUUCUGGACCGCCGAUCCCUACGAUUGGCUUCAACGUAGAAAGUCUGGAGUACAAAAAUUUGGUAUUCACUUUGUGGGAUGUUGGUGGUCAACAGAAGUUUAGACCACUAUGGAAACAUUACUAUCACAACACGCAGGCAGUGAUUUUUGUAGUUGAUGCCAGUGACAGAUCUAGAUUUGAAGAAGCUCAAAAUGAAUUAUCAAAAAUUGUAAAUGAACGUGAAUUAAAAGACGCCUUAUUCCUUAUAUAUGCUAAUAAGCAGGACAUCACUGGUUGCGCCAGUGUCGAAGAAUUAACCGAUAUCUUAUGUUUGCAAAAAUUAUGUUGCGGUCGGGCGUGGCACAUACAAGGCUCGUCUUUAGUUACAAAUGCUUGUGGUUCUACGCAAGGUCUCGACUGGUUAACUCAACAAUUAGGCGCUCACGAAACCUUAUAUACAAUACCUACCGUAUCAAGGUAGGAAAGUGUCUGAUUUUAUAUUCAGCAACGAGGAAUUCCAGCCGUUUUAUCAAUCAGUUCAAAUCAGAGCUAAAUAGAAUCAUCAUGAGAAUUAAGGGCGAAGAAAUUUCACUUGCCAGAGGUCAAAACCGAGAGCGCAGAUUUCGUCCCUCUUGUACAAUUCUGGAUCAGAUGUGUAUUCGGGAUUAUCGAUCUCUGGGUGAAUCCAGGGCCCUUUAUAGUUUGGAUUGUCAAUUUGUUUCGGUUUCCAUUCACCCUGAAGAACAUAAAGGAAUCAGAUUAUCGAUCAUUGGAGCUUCCCAUUCUCCGUCCAUUUCAUCGUCCCAAUCUUCGGGUUUGGUGGCUUCGGGAUCGGGAAUAUGCUCUGGUUUGUCCCAAUCUUCUGGUUUCUGGUCAUCUGGAUCAGGGAUAGUGGCCUUAUCAUCCCAAUCUUCAGGUUUGCUCUGGGAUGGAUCCUUGAUCUUCUUUGGUGGAAGAAAGUCCCAGUCAGCUUCCAAUUCGCCAGACUCUACUUCUUCGUUAUCAAUUAGAACCUAG